AUGGAUAAAGCGCUUGUGAUAUUGAUCCUCUUGGCAAAUUUGUUAGCAACCAAUUGUCAAGAAGGGGAUUAUGUAGAAGAAACGAUAGAGGAGACAACUGACAAAGGAAAAUCUACCUACUCGUUCAGCUACGGCGUCACUGAUGGCAGAACUGGAGAUGUUAAACAAGUAUGGGAGGCACGAGAUGGUGACACUGUUCAAGGUCACUACAGUGUAUUAGAACCAGACGGCUCCACACGAACCGUCGAAUAUUCAGCAGGACCAAAAACAGGAUUUCAAGCUACGGUUAACACUGAAAAUCAAAUGAUUGGCACUGCUGACAUAGGACGUAGUAUACUAGAAGAAAAAGCGAUGAGAGACUACGAAAAGUAUUACGAUUUUUCAGAAGAUCCAGACGAAGACUACUACGAAAGAAGACCAGCAAAAAGACCAUACGAAGCUAACCGAAAAGAAUUUCCUCACAAAAAGAGAACUAAAUAUCCAUCGUAUUCAGAUCACCCGCAAGACUCAGAACCUAGUGAAUUUGCACACAGCAUUGCCAUUAAACACCCACGCGAUGAAUUCUCAGAAUUUGAACCACAAAGUCACGUUGGGUUUAAUUUCGACCCGAAUUGCAAAACAAAAACUAAAAAAGAAAGCUACUUUAAUAGAGACAAUUUGUAUUCAAACAAUGCCGAUCUAGAGUUGAACAAGAAAUAUCCACAAUUUCCCCCAGACUCCUUUAGAGACUCGUACGACAAAUACGCCGAACCAAGUAUUGACUUUGAUAGAUACGUAACAAAGCAUUACGGCAAUGGAAACUUUAAGGGGCAUAAAUACGAUGACAUCCCCGUCAAACCAUCCGCAUCAGUGAAAUAUAAUUAUCCAGUAAUCCCUGAUUUGCCUGUUCCUGAAAAGUACUAUCGAGAUGAGGUUCCCCCAAGACCAAAGAAGAAAAGACCCUACAAACCAAGAGAGCCAGAACACCGCUACCCAAGCGAUGACUUAAGUGAUUAUAUUUUAGUUCCUAAGAAGAAACUAAAGAAUACCACGCCUAUUCCUGAACCUUACGACUAUAGACCGAUUGAUGAUGAUUAUGAGCGUCCGCAGUUUUCAAGUAACUUUGAUGAUACGUCGCAGGAUGAUAGGUACCCAGGUUCCACACGGGGAACAGGACCAAAGGAAGUGGUUCGAAAGAUUGUAAAGAAGAAAAAGCCUGUCAUAAACCUGUUAGACAUGUUUGAUAUUUAA